AAAAAUUGGGCUCGCUUAGAUUCGUACGUGACCUAUAAUAUUGGAAUCGGAUCGAAGCCAGUCCAGGAUACACUAUACAGAAGAGAAACCCGCCGCCGCCAUGAGCAGCCAUAAGCCACUAGAGAAUUUCCUUCCGACAGAAACUUUCGAACUCGAGACCGGACUCAGCCUAGUCCCCAGAGUGAAGCUCAAUUUGACAAUCCACCGCGCCGACAAAUCCAUUACCCCUAUCGGCGAUUGGGAGCUCAAACGCUCACUAAUCGACUACCUCAAAACUUCCCAUUCAAUAGCCGUCCCUGAAGAAGACAUCAUAAUCCGAAAAUACAAGGACCUGAAGAAGCGCAAGCGUGAGGACCCUGUAGCCCGCGGGAAUUUAUUUGUUAGGGAUUUAGGGUUUUUGACAAAAAUGUUGGGUUUGAAUGAAGAGAGUGAGGUGAAGGUUGUUGACAAGAAAUUCUUGGAAUGGAGGAAGGGGAUUGUGGAAAGGAUGGAUGGGAUGGAGUUAAAUUUGGAGGGAGUUAAGUUUAGGUUAAGCAUUGAGGUGACUGCUUCGGAUGAUUAUGAAGGAAUGAGAAAAGAGUGGGAGGAGAUUUCUGCAUUUGGAGCUCGAGGUUAGUCAAUUUUCUUCUUCUUCUUCUUCUACUU